AUCAAAAUCCCAAGACUUUCCUACUCCGUUCAUUUUCUCAACCAAAAAGCACACCCACUCUUUUUCUCCUCCGGCCCCAGUCCUCACCUACGAUUGCCAGAAGACUAAAGACAAAACGUGCUUGAAAAUUGCCGGUUGGUCUUAGCCGGAAAAAUAGGUUUCCGGCGAUUGGUUGGCGAUGAUUUCUCCGGAAAACAAUAACUGGCUCUAUGAUUACGGCGUUAUUGACGAUGUUCCUGCAUCAGACGGUGAAUUUCAAGUUUCGGCAACCGGGUUUCACUGGCCUCCUUCACAGGGCUUGAACCUUUCAUCUACUGUCAGUGUGGAAAUUGAUGGCUUCUUGGGGGAUUCAGAUGCUUUGAAGGAAAUGGGCUCCCGAAAAAGGGUGAGGUCGGAAUCAUGCUGUGCUUCUGGGUCCAAAGCAUGUAGGGAGAAAAUGCGAAGAGAUAGGCUGAAUGACAGGUUCCUGGAUUUGGGUUCCAUCCUUGAGCCUGGAAGACCACCAAAACUGGACAAGGCAGCUAUUUUGAGUGAUGCUGUUCGUAUGGUGAUUCAGUUGCGCAAUGAAGCCCAGAAACUGAAGGAGUCAAAUGAAAGUCUGCAGGAGAAAAUUAAAGAGUUGAAAGCUGAGAAGAACGAGCUUCGUGAUGAGAAGCAGCGGCUGAAGGCAGAGAAGGAGAAGCUGGAGCAAAAAGUUAAAGCAAUGAAUGCUCAACCAGGGUUUCUGCCUCACCCUUCUCCCAUCCCGGCUGCGUUUGCUGCCCAAGGCCCUACUGUCAACAAGCUGAUGCCUUUUGUCAGUUACCCGGGAGUUGCAAUGUGGCAAUUCAUGCCACCAGCUGCUGUUGACACCUCACAAGAUCAUGUUCUCCGUCCACCAGUUGCAUAAGUCAAUAGAUUUCAGUGAUUGAUCUUCAUGUAGUUCUGUUCAGUCCAUGUUGAUUAUGUUACAUUUCUUGCAGUCAGAAAAGCUGGAUUAAGUUGGUGUGGAUUCCCUUGGAGGAAACUCCCCUCUGAUUGAAGCAGAGAGCUUGUAAAUGUCAAUAAGCAAAUCUGGUAAUUUAGUUUUGGGCU